GCAAUAUUCUGUUUGCAAAGGAAGGAGAAUUAAUGGCAAUGAAGGUGAAUGUACUUAACUUUGAAUCAAGAAAAUGCCUCUCUUUCGCUCUUCCUUCCUCCGCCAGCAGCUGCAGAUAUCCUAAAUUGUUCGUGGUUUCCGCUCUUCCUUCUCGUUCAAAACCAGCUAGUGAGGCACGUGUUCAAGUCACACACUCGAUGCCCCCUCACAAGAUCGAGAUCCUCAAAUCCAUAGAAGGCUGGGCUCAUGACAAUAUCCUGGUUCACCUAAAACCUGUGGAGAAGUGUUGGCAGCCUCAGGAUUUCUUGCCUGAUCCUUCCUCCGAUGGAUUCCAUGACCAGGUGAAGGAACUGAGAGAGAGAGUUAAGGAGAUUCCCGCCGAUUAUUUUGUUGUUCUAGUCGGGAAUAUGAUCACUGAGGAAGCCCUCCCGACUUACCUGGCAAUGCUGAACACCAUGGAUGGGAUGAGGGAUGAGACGGGGACGGACGCAACUCCUUGGGCAAUCUGGGCGAGGGCGUGGACUGCGGAGGAGAAUAGACACGGAGACCUUUUGAAUAAGUAUCUUUACCUUUCCGGGAGAGUUGACAUGAAGCAAGUGGAGAAGACUAUCCAGCAUCUGAUCGGGUCGGGGAUGGUAACUAGUACAUUACUGUAA